AAAGUGCCAUAAACCCUAUUUUCUUGCCCAGCACUCAGUUUCACAACUUAAGAAACUCUCUGCUUCGAUUCCUUCCAGGAAUGGCUUUUUUGGGAUCCAACGUAGCGAACGAGGUCGGGUUGCGGUUACUUCUUUGCCCACUUGGAUCUAACAUUGUAGUAAGAACAGCAUGCUGUUCUGUGGGGAUUGUCUUACCUGUCUACAAUACAUUCAAAGCAAUUGAGAGAAAAGAUGAAAAUGAGGAACAGAAGUGGCUAAUGUACUGGGCAGCAUAUGGAUCUUUCACCCUUGCUGAGAUUUUUACAGACAAGUUGAUCUCUUGGUUUCCGAUGUAUUAUCACAUGAAGUUUGCUUUUCUGGUGUGGCUUCAACUUCCAUCUGCUGAAGGGGCUAAGCAAUUGUAUAUGAACCACCUGCGUCCAUUCUUAUCGAGGCAUCAAGCUAGAGUUGAUCUGAUUAUGGGCAUAGCAUAUGGUGAAAUGGUCAAACUCAUCAGCAAUCACCGAGCAGAACUUCAAUAUGCUAAGAGAAUGCUUUUGAAGGUUAUGGGAUCAGCUGACCAAAUGUUAAAGGAUGCCCCUAAUCACCCAGAAGGGCAUCCUGAAGUCCCUGCCAUUGAAGAGCAGACAACAACAAUCUUGGAUACUGAAUCUUAUCAUGCUGAUUGAAACUCUGUCCUUAACCAUUCAUGUGCCCAAUUUCAAAUCCCUGACAAAGGAUUAAGAGCUCUCCCAUCCAUCAUUGAGGCGUUAUCAUUCAAAUUCUCAAUUCCUUUCAUCAUAGUUUGCUUCCCUUACCAAUCAGCUGAGGAAAACCUAUCUUAGACUCCAGUCAAUAUGUUGCUUAUGAGCUUAGAUUUUUCAACAGGAUCACGGAAGUUGUGCUUACACUUGUAUGUAAGAAUAAGAUAACUAGAUUAGCACCUAGCCUACCGAAAAGCUAAGAAAUAAAAAUAUGGUUUGAUU